AUGGCGACAAGCGCACCUGCCAACGCAAACGCAGAAUGCGUCGGCCCUCAGUCGGAGCAGGCAGGCAAGGCCGGCGGCUGCGUUGGCUGCCCCAACCAGAGUCUGUGCGCGUCCGGCACAUCACGGCAGCCAGACCCUGCUGUGUCGGACGUGAAGCAGCGUCUGGCCGGGGUCAAGCACAAGCUGCUGGUUCUGUCAGGCAAAGGCGGCGUGGGCAAGAGCACCGUGGCCUGUCAGCUGGCCUUCGCGUUGGCUGGUAAGGGCUUCCAAGUGGGACUGCUAGACGUGGACAUUACGGGCCCAAGUGUGCCCAGGAUGCUCGGUCUUGUGGGUCAGGAAGUGCAUCAAAGCGCUGCCGGCUGGUCCCCCGUCUAUGUGGACGACAACUUGGGCGUCAUGUCCAUUGGCUUCAUGUUGCCCAACGCUGACGACGCCAUCAUCUGGCGUGGCCCUAAGAAGAGCGGUAUUAUCAAGCAAUUCCUCGUCGACGUGCAGUGGGGAGAGCUCGACUACCUCAUCAUUGACACACCCCCAGGCACGUCGGACGAACACAUUAGCAUCGUGCAGUACAUGAAAGAGGCUGAUCUGGACGGUGCCGUCGUGGUUACCACGCCCCAGGAAGUGGCACUCAGUGACGUACGUAAAGAGCUCAACUUCUGUCGCAAGACCAACAUUAACGUGCUGGGUGUCGUCGAGAACAUGAGCGGUGUGCAGCGUCCACUCAGCGACGUCAAGUUUGUUGGGGCCGACGGCAAUGACGAGACGUCGGCGUUUAUGAAGUUGCUACAAGAGAAGGCACCGGAGCUGCUGAAGCACUCGGUGCAAAUGGAAGUGUUCCCUGCGUCCACUGGUGGCGGUGAGGCCAUGGCCAAGAAGUUCAACGUGCCGUUCCUAGGUCGCCUGCCGCUGGACAACAAAAUGACCGGUGCGUGCGAGGAAGGUGUGUCAUUCCUGGAGGAAUACCCGGACUCGGUUGCGGCCCCAGCUUUCGGCAAAAUUGUGCAAGACCUGGUCGCAGCUGUCGAGAAGUAA